AUGGUCAUCAUCACUCGAGAGCAAAGAGAUAUGGUGCCCAUCCCCAAAACCGGCCUCAGCCAGCUGGGCUGCUGGAUGUCCGAGGAGGAUUUUGAGAAAGCGUUCGACGUCCGAUUUCCAGGGCGCAUGAAAGGUCGCACCAUGUACGUCAUGCCGUUCAGCAUGGGGCCCCUGGGCUCUCCUCUGUCCAAGAUUGGCAUCGAGCUGACAGACUCACCCUAA